AAAGGUGUCGGCCAGGAAGGAAGGGAAGUUAGGAGUAGCAAGAAGGUCGUUGGCUGCUCGGGGCGCCUCUUCCCUCCCCCCCACCCCAACCCCCCACCCCCUUUUUCUCUGGCAGCAUCAUGGCGGAACCCGGCGACUCUCCUGUCCACGUCCAGCCCCAGCAAGCGGCCCCGGUGGCGACGGCGACUGCCGCAGCCACGGCAGCACCGGUUCCGGCGGUGGCGGCGGCCGCGGCCGCGGCGGCUGGGGCGGCCUCGGCGGCCCAGGCCAUCGGCUGGCCCAUCUGCAGGGACGCGUACGAGCUGCAGGAGGUGAUCGGCAGUGGUGCUACUGCUGUGGUCCAGGCUGCGCUAUGCAAACCCCGCCAAGAACGAGUAGCAAUAAAACGCAUCAACUUAGAAAAAUGCCAGACGAGCAUGGAUGAGCUACUAAAAGAAAUUCAAGCCAUGAGCCAGUGCAGCCAUCCCAACGUGGUGACCUAUUACACCUCUUUUGUUGUAAAGGACGAGCUUUGGUUGGUUAUGAAAUUAUUAAGUGGAGGUUCAAUGCUGGAUAUCAUAAAGUAUAUUGUCAGUCGAGGAGAGCACAAGAAUGGAGUCCUAGAAGAAUCAAUAAUAGCAACAAUUCUUAAAGAAGUUUUGGAAGGCUUAGAUUAUCUCCAUAGAAAUGGUCAAAUUCACAGGGAUUUGAAGGCUGGGAAUAUUCUUUUGGGCGAAGAUGGUUCAGUGCAAAUAGCAGAUUUUGGUGUAAGUGCUUUCCUGGCAACAGGAGGUGAUGUUACCCGAAAUAAAGUAAGGAAAACAUUUGUUGGCACCCCUUGUUGGAUGGCACCUGAAGUCAUGGAACAGGUGAGAGGUUAUGACUUCAAGGCUGAUAUGUGGAGUUUUGGAAUAACGGCCAUCGAAUUGGCGACAGGAGCUGCACCUUAUCACAAGUAUCCUCCUAUGAAAGUGUUAAUGUUGACAUUGCAAAAUGAUCCUCCCACUUUAGAAACAGGAGUAGAAGACAAAGAAAUGAUGAAAAAAUAUGGCAAGUCCUUUAGAAAAUUACUUUCAUUAUGUCUUCAGAAAGAUCCUUCUAAAAGGCCCACAGCAGCAGAACUUUUAAAAUGCAAAUUCUUCCAGAAAGCCAAGAAUAGAGAAUAUCUGAUUGAAAAACUGCUCACAAGAACACCAGAUAUUGCACAAAGAGCCAAAAAGGCUGAGCAGAAUCCUGGGAAAACAAGCAUGAUGUCAGGUUCUGAAAAAGAGCAAGAUGGCAACCGAAGGGUUCGAAGGGUUCCUGGAUCAAGUGGUCAUCUGCACAAGACAGAAGACGGAGACUGGGAAUGGAGUGAUGAUGAAAUGGAUGAAAAGAGCGAAGAAGGGAAAGCAGCAUUUUCUCAGGAAAAGUCACGAAGAGUAAAAGAAGAAAAUCCAGAGAUGAGGAAACUGAGGCUCAGAGAGGUUGAAUGCCUUGCCCAUGGUCACACAGCUAGUAAGUGUCAGAGGUGGGAUUUGAACCCAGGUCUCUCCUGUCUCCAAGUCCAGCACUCUUUCCACAACACUACGGUGCCUUUCAUCAACACCUGAGUGCUUUAUCAGGUGUUUACAUCAUUUCUAAGUCUAAGGUAAGCAUGGAGAGCACAGGUAAAUGCAUAAUUCUGGUGAAGAUCAGGAAGAGACUCUAUAGGACUAUGACUUCUGGAUGAAAUGAGGUCCAAAACAGUGUUUUGCCUGCUAAGUGGUAUUUCACAAUCUGGUGAAGAAGAGAGAGCAAGAAAAACUGCUUAGUUCUUAUAUCGGGGCUAGAUGUUGGUGCCCAGGUUGUGUGAAUGGAAAAGACUGCCUGACUCGUCAAGUAGAUGGAGUAGUUGCUUGUAGGCCGCUUCUUCCCCGGGUACAGAAUCCUAGGAGCUGAGAGCUAGCCAGGGAAGUCCAAGAGCCCCUAGCCUAAGCCGGUGUGGUGGAUAGAGCGCUGGACUUAAAAUGACAUAGGAAGAUCUCCGUUCAGAUCCUUCCUCUGCCAUUUACUACUAUGCAACCACAGGCAAGUCAUUUAAUUUCUCUGAGCCUCAGUUUCCUCAUCUGUAAAAGGGAAAAUAACCCCUCCAGCAUCCUAUAUAGUACAAGGUUUUUAGGAGACUCACCUCUAAUCAUGUAUUUUCAACUUUUUGCAAACCUUAAAGCACUCAGUAAAUAUCCAGAAUAACAAUUCUCAUACAUGAUAACUGAAAAAAAAAUUCUUUCUAUAGCAUGUUCAAUUGACAAGCUUGCUUCUCAUUAAAGACUUUCACUGAGGUGGAGCCCAGAGAACUCCAAUCUUUAGGAAAUUCUUCCUUACAUGCAACCUGAGUCAUCUCAGUAAUUUCUACCUAGGAUUGCUAGGCUGCCCUCUGGGACCAAACAGAACACAUCUUAUCUCCUUUUCCCCAUGACAACUCUUGAAAGCCUUGAUAACUGCUAUAAAAUCUGUAUUUCCUUUCCCCAAGGUUUCUCUAAGCUUAAAUAUUCCCAGGUACUUGUUUUAACUAAUAUGGCAACAUUUAAGACCUUUGAAAACAUCCUGGUAAUCUUCCAUCCUAGUUUUUUUAGUGUCCUUCCUAACGUGUGGCACAGAGUUGACCCAGUUAUUCUAGUUGUAGCCUGCCCAAGGAAAAGGAUGGCAAUGAGCCUUACCACUGUGCUUCUCCUCAUAGGACCUACAAAUCCUACUUUGGGGUUUUGUUUUUAAUGACUACCAUGUCACAGAGUCAAUUCCUAUUGAGAUAUUUUCCGUUUCAACUGUUUUCAAUUAAUAUCUACCCUUUCUUAUGCUCUAAAGUAGAUUCUUUUGAACCUAAAUAUUAGACUUUUAUGUGUAUCUUUUCAUUUGCCUUAUUAUUUAGUCAAACAUUCUUGUCUUUUGAGGUCUUUUUGAGUCCUACCUGUCUCAUGCAGUCUGUUAACUGCUUCUCUUGAACUUCCUAUACAAUAGGCAGAUUUGAUAAGUAUGCAGUAGAAAUAACAAUAAAAAUGAGGAACAGUUGGUAGACGCCACUUUAAGAAUUGCCAAGUGCUUUGCAUAUAUUGUCUCACCGCAUCUCUAAAAUGUGAGUGCCAAACCUCUUUUUAUCUCCAUUUUCAAAGGAAGAAACUGAGGUAUAAAGAGAGUAAAUGAUUUAGGUUAUACUGUGCUCUUAAGGUUUCAGGGUGUGAUUUGAACAUAGAUCUUCCUCACUCCAAGUGCCCCACACUUUACCCAACAUACCAAAUUGCUUCUACCAUAUGUGGCUUUAUCCAAGCCAUUGAAAAAUAAUAAAUGGCUUGAAGCCAUAUCCAGAUCCAUAGAAUGCUUCACUAGAGAUGACUUUCCAAGUUACCUUAAAACAUUCAAUGAUGACUCAUUAGGUUCAGUCGGUUCUGAACCUUAGUAUGCUUUCACCUAGUUCAGGUUUUUUAUCCUUUCUAUUAAAAAAAAUGUCAUGAAAGCCUUUGUGGAAUGCUUUGUUAAGUGUAGGUAACAUCUAUACCUAUAAAUAUAUAUCUGUGGGUUGGAAGAGGUUGGUGGGAGCAGGGAGAGGGAGAGACAGAGACUGAGACUGAGAGAGACAGAGAAACACAUUAUCCCGAUUUACCAAUCUUUUGACCCAGUCCAAAAAAACCCUAUAUUAUGUUGACUCCACUUUUGAGUUUUUGAAAGUCAGGACAACAUUCAUUCUUGCAAUCUUGUAGCAUACCUCUCAUUCUUCAUGAUUUUUCAGAAUCCUUGGCAGUAAGUUAUGGUACACAUUUUCCUUAUUCCUUUAGUACCCUGGGAUAUAGUUCAGCUGAGCCUGGUGACUUAGAAUCAUUAAGGGCAGCUAGGUGCUCUCUUACUGUCUCUUUAGUAUGUUUAUUUUAUCCCCACGUUUCAUUUUAUUUCUAUUUCUGCAACCUCCUUCAUGGUGAGAAUCUGGUCCCCCCUUUUUUUGGGGAAAAGAGAAAAGACAAGGAGCUUCAUUGUUGCUUCCUUCACC